UACCUUUUCAGUUAAUCUGGCAUGAACAAUUUUUAUAGUAUCUAAUUGGUUCUUAGCAGUGUCCAUUGUUUUUGAACAGCAAGAGAUUAUUUUUUUAUAAUUAUUAAAUAUUAUCGGUGAACGAAAAAACUUCAUUAAAUAAAAAAAGAAUCAAAUGAAAAAAUAUAUGGACUAUAAUAAUUGUGUGAAAAAUCCAAAAUUCAUAUCACUACAUAUUCUUAUCAAUAUAGUUUUUUUUUUCUAUUGUUCGUGUUUUUCUGUUACCCUACUUUGUUAUCAAACAAGUUUUAAAUAUUGUGAUCUUUAAAAUUAAUCGAUUGAUGAUUUAUUUAUGAAUUUAACGAAUAAUCAUUCUUGUUGAAAUAUUUUAAACUUUGUACCGAUAUAUUUACUCAGUAAAAUGUUUUAGACACCUAUAAAAAAAAUUAUAUUAUCGGUAUUUUUUGUGAAAAAUAUAUUAUUGUAAUUUAUACUAUCAAGAUUUGUAGAUAGUAGCUGUGGAUAGUGCAAGAAUAUAGGUAACAAAUUUUUAAAAAGAUUCAAAGAUUUUUAUCCUCAAAAAUAUUUACAUUAUUACACCGUAUCACAUAGGUACAUAAUCUAACUUUUGGAUUCCCUUAUAAAUUGUUCAAGAUUUCUAUUAAUUUUUUUUUUAUAUAUUUCUAUUAACUAUAAAUUAUAUUCCCACCAAAUCCAGAGUCCUAAUUUGUUAAAAAUGGAAGGUUCCGAGGCUCCAUUAUCAAAGAAGUACGUAUAAAGUUUGCAAUAGUUUUUAUUUUGCAUUAAUUCAACUUUAUUUGCACGUAAAUACGUUUGAUGUAUCGGACCAUAUUUGUCAACAAUUUGAAUAUCAUCCCUUAAACUGUAAUUAUUAAUUAUUUGAAUAGGAUUAGAGAGACAUAAAACUAAUAUUAGUUAGAUAUAUUUAUAAUAUAAAACUGUACACAAUGAGUGUAUUUAUGAGACUAUGCGCAAAAAAUUUGUUAUUCCAGACAAGAUUAAUAUACACAUCAUGUCGGUCACAAAGGUAAUAAAGUAUUAUUUCAUUCGGUAACUGGUAUCGGAGUGAAUGUCCCCCGAAAAAUGAAUGAUAUAUUUUAAACAAAUGCCUACUGAACUGGUAUUUAAUUUCAUAGACCAAUUAUAAACUUUUACUGAAAUAAUUGUUAAUCAUUUUUUUGUAGUAUUGAUUUAGCUUUUAAAAUUAAGAAGUCUGCACAUUAGGUAUUAUUAAUAAUAUUAAUCAUUAUAUAAAUAAUUAUACUUGCAUGGAAUUAAUAGUAGAUUGGGUUUAUUUUAUUCAUUUUAUGUAAGAGUUCAGCUAUAUCCAUAAUAUGUAGAAUAGUUUGAAAAAAAAAUAUUUCAACAAACAAGAUAUCAGUACACUGUUAUUGAAUAUGUAAUUUAAUUAAAUUUCUAUAUUAUAUUAUCAGUUAAAAUAUUUACGUUCACUCUGUGUCCAGCUAAAAUAUCUACAAGUACUUAGGUAUGUUUGGUUAUAAAUUGUAUAUAUUUUUUUUUAGUGAACUAAAACGAAGAUUGAAAGCCGAACAAAAAGCUAAAGAAAAAUUAGAAAAAGAAACUACUAAAACUGUUCAAAAUAAACAGCCAGCUGUAAAAAAAAAAAAUGAUGUAUCUGGCGCUACUAAAUCUGCAGAUAUCAGUCCUAAUGUAAAAAUAAAACAUAAUAUCAAUUUAUAAUGAUUGUAAUUAAUUGAAAAAAUUGCUUUAGGAAUUCUAUAGUUUACGUUUACAAACUAUUACUCAAAUGAAAAAAAAUGGUGAAGAACCUUAUCCACACAAAUUUAAUGUAACCAUAUCUUUAGAAGAGUUUAUUGAAAAGUUUAGUUCUUUGACCAAAACACAAAUUUUACAUGAUGAAGAGUAUAGUGUUGCUGGUAUGUUUUGUAUACUUGAAAUAAGUUGGCUAUUUAUUAGCAUUAUAAAACAAAUGCAUUUUUGGUUCUAGGCAGAGUUCAUGCAAUUCGGGAAUCUGGUCCUAAAUUAAUAUUUUAUGAUUUACGCGGGGAAGGUGUAAAAAUCCAAGUAAUGGCAAAUGCUAAACAAUAUGCAACUGAUGAAGGAUUCAUUGCAGACACGUCAAAAGUAAGGCGUGGCGAUAUAAUUGGUGUCACGGGUAAUCCAGGAAAAACCAAGAAAGGGGAGUUAUCUAUUUUUCCUAAAAACAUAAAAUUGUUGACUCCGUGUUUACACAUGUUACCUCAUCUGCAUUACGGUCUAAAAGAUAAGGAGACUAGAUAUAGGCAACGUUAUUUGGACUUGAUCAUUAAUGAAUAUGUGCGUAAUAAAUUUAUAGUAAGAGCAAAAAUAAUCUCCUAUGUUAGACGAUUUUUGGACAAUUUAGGAUUUCUUGAAAUCGAAACUCCAAUGAUGAAUAUGAUUGCUGGAGGUGCCACCGCUAAACCAUUUAUGACACAUCAUAAUGAUCUGAAUAUGAAUUUGUUUAUGAGAGUUGCUCCUGAACUGUAUCACAAAGUAAUUAUAAUUAUUAUACAUUUUGUUUUAUUUUUCUCAUUGUAAUUUAAAUCAAUCAACAGAUGCUUGUAGUGGGAGGUAUUGACCGUGUAUAUGAAAUUGGCAGACAAUUUCGUAACGAAGCAAUCGACACGACUCAUAAUCCUGAAUUCACUACUUGUGAAUUUUAUAUGGCAUAUGCUGAUUACAAUGAUCUUAUGCAAAUUACAGAAGAUCUUUUAUCUGGUAAAUUAUAUUAUUGAAAGUUAUAGGAAUAACUAAUGAUCUACUAAAUUAAACUAUUACAGGUCUGGUAAAAAGUAUUUAUGGCUCCUAUAAAAUAAAAUAUCAUCCUGAUGGUGUUGACAGUAAUACAGAAGCCGUAGAAAUAGAUUUUACUCCACCUUUCAAAAGAAUUUAUAUGUUCCCAGCUUUAGAAGAAGCUCUGUCAGUAAAACUCCCCAGUCCUACAGAAUUAUCUUCAAGCGACGUUAAUGAGUUACUCAGCGAUCUUUGUGUAAAACAUGAAAUAGAAUGCCCAGCUCCUAGAACUUCAGCUAGACUAUUAGACAAGGUAAAAAUAAAAACAGAUUUCUAUAUUUAUAGGUACAAUAAAUAAUAGUGUAUAUUUAUAAAAUUCAAAGCUUGUAGGAGAAUUUCUUGAAGAAAAAUGUAUUAAUCCAACAUUUAUAUGUGACCAUCCACAAGUAAUGUCACCUUUAGCUAAAUGGCACCGAUCCAUACCUGGUUUAACAGAAAGAUUUGAAUUAUUUGUUAUGAAAAAAGAAGUAUGCAAUGCUUACACCGAAUUAAAUGAUCCUAUGAUUCAAAGGGAACGAUUUGAACAACAGGCAAAGGUAGUUUCUUUGCUUAUAUAAUUAUAUUUGAUUGUAAUGUAUAAAAUAUUAGAAUUUAUGUUAAAUAAUCUAUAAUUUUCUAUGUAUGGUAGGAUAAAGCAGCUGGUGACGAUGAAGCACAGUUAAUAGAUGAAAACUUCUGUACGUCAUUAGAAUAUGGUUUACCACCUACAGCCGGUUGGGGUCUUGGUAUCGAUCGUCUAACAAUGUUUUUAACAGAUUCGAAUAAUAUUAAAGUAAGUAGAAUAUUAGUGUUAAGUUCAUCUUUUAUUAAAACAAUGCUAGUAUUGUUCAGUAUAUUAAAUUACAAAUUGGUUUUAUUCAUUAUUAAUUGUAUAUUUUGAAUAUUUUAGGAAGUACUAUUUUUCCCAGCAAUGAAGCCAGACGAUCCGAAUAAAAAUAAAGAAGAAAUACCUGAAGAUGAAAAACCAACAGUGUAAAACCAUGUUCAAACUUAUUUCAAUGUAAUACUAAUGUAUAGAGUAACAUUAUGUUACUAAUUAUUAGUUUAUUAAUCAAAUAAAAUAAAAUUGUAU